AUGGCAGAGCCUCUCGGGUGUGUCCAGGAUCUCCUGAGAGCUGGUGCUGAUCCUCGGGCCAAAGACGGAGAGGGAAAUACCGCGCUGCAUUAUUUAGCUGAUGACGAUUUGACUGGCAUCUGGUACGCGACGGAAAAGCGAGAAAUGUUCUAUGGACUGUUGAAGAUCGCGUUUUGCGACGAUAUCAAUAUUCCAAACAACGCCGGAAAGACUGUGGCGGAGCUCAUAUUGGAUGAUAACGGCCGUAUGGAUGAUGGCAAGGUGAGUACCUUUCGCAUAUCUGACACGGACCCUGAUCAAGAUUACCGAGGUUGGAGAGACGUCGAUGCUGAGGUUCUCAAUGCUCUGGACGCAGCCGGGGCUGAUUGGAAGGCCAAGAGGUCAGAAGGUGGAAACCUGUUACAUAUCGUUGCGCGAUCUGGGCUUGACCAGGACAGAUUGAUUUGGAGGAGUCGAUAUCUGGUGCAAAAGGGAAUCGAUGCAAAUGAACCGGAUGCAGAUGGUUGGACGGCGAAGAGAAUCGCGGAGCAUUACAAGUUGAACAAGUUCCGAUUCUAUGUGGAGCUCGGUAGGCUGGAAAAGGGUGAGGUUGAGGAGUACUAUCAGUAG